UUACUCUCUCCAUAGUUUAAGGCAUAUGGCAUCGUCCACUGAAUACUAAUGAGCUACAGUCCAACAUGGCCGCCACGAGGACGAAAGUUACAGCAAAAGAUGAAGAAAUAUCGGAUUCUGACUCAGAAUCGGAAGAACAAGACGACUUUUUAUUGGACGAUGUUCUGAAACUUGGCGGAAAUAAGGGUGACUACAACACCCUAAGGAUGAUUGACGAGACACAAGACGUGAUGGAACUUCAACAGGAGGAAGGGAGUGAUGUAGAACCAGAUGAGAUUAAGGCAAUUAUACAAAAGUUGGGACUAGACAAGAUCAAAGCCCCCAGUGGAAAUCGGGAUGAUGAAAAUGAAGGUUUGUCAGAAACAAGCAAUAACAAACAAGAAGAAGAAGAAGACAUGCUAAUGAGGGAAACAAAAGAAGACCCAGCUGAUGUCCAAGUAAGCGAGGUGUCCAGUUCAUCCCAACCACAGGAACAGAAGAAACCACAGGGAAAGUUCAUUAUUGCUCCAGGGGAUAGGUGGUACCAGGCAGAGUUCCCAACAGACCCGACCACAUGGCCCACAGUCAACCCAACAUCAGCACAGCAGCUGAAAAGAGAGGCCGCCAAGUUGUUUGAACAGGAAGUCAAGCAGCACAACCAGUUAAAAAACAAGAGGAAGAGUUCGGACUUUGGCUGGCUGAAGACCGUUGCCACUGCGGGAACGUUAUCGGACAGGGUGGCGGGACUGACCGUGCUGAUACAGGAUGCACCGCUACACAACCUGGCCAGUCUGGAGACACUGGUCAACAUGGCCAAGAAGAAGAUGCGGAGGGAGGCAACGCAAGCUGUCGACACUUUGAAGGAACUGUGGUUGUCUGAUCUCCUUCCUGAUGGUAGAAAGUUGAAAAUGUUUGAGCAGCAUCCCCUGUCCAUACUACCUGAGAUCACCAGUGGUAACCAGGAGGGGAGGAGGAGGAGGCUCAUCAUGUGGUACUAUGAGGACAGGGUCAAACAGUUGUAUGCCGAGUUCAUCUCAGCUAUACAGACUCUGGCACAUGACACUGUGGCAACAAACAAGUCCAAGGCAUUAGGUACUGUCUUGGAACUUCUGAGUAAUAAACCAGAGCAAGAAAAGGUGCUACUGGAAUUACUGGUAAACAAGGUCGGUGACCCUGACUACAAGAUUGCAUCCAAAGCAGCACAUCUUCUGGGAAAACUGGUGGAUAUCCACCCCAACAUGCGGAUAGUGGUGGUGAGGGAAGUGGAGAGACUGUUGUACAGACCCAAUGUCAGCACCAAGGCUCAGUACUACAGUAUGUGUUUCCUGAACCAGUUAGUACUUGACCAUGACAGUAGUGAGUUAGCCAACAAGCUGGUCACCAUCUACUUCUCAUUCUUCAAGGUGUAUGUACAGAAAAAAGAGAAGGACACUAAGAUGUUGAGUGCUCUACUGACUGGUGUGAACAGGGCUUUCCCUUAUGCUGAUGUUAAAGAUGAGAAGGUGGAUACCCAGAUCAAUGAACUGUUCAAAGUGGUCCAUGCUGUUAACUUCAACAUCAGUGUACAGGCACUGAUGCUUUUGUACCAAGUCAUGGAUUCAAGACAAGCAGUAUCAGACAGGUACUACACAGCCCUGUACAGGAAACUGUCAGACCCCGAACUGAAACACUCCUCCAGACAGGCCAUGUUCCUCAACCUGCUGUACAAGUCUGUCAAGUCUGAUGUGGCCUUCAAGAGGGUCAAGGCCUUUAUUAAGAGAAUACUACAAGUUUGCUGUGGUCAGCAGCCAUCCUUUGUGUGUGGUGCCUUGUUCUUAGUAUCAGAGAUUGCAAAAGUACAUCCAGGGCUGAGGACGAUCACCCUGGCUACAGAGGAGUCAGAUGAUGAGGAACAUUUUGAGGAUGUUGAGUUACCAGAGGAGGAGGCUGCCGUAGAAGAUGAAGAAGAAGUUGUAGAGGAAACAGAAAGUACAGAGGAACAGCAAGAAGAGGUCACAAAACCAUCUGAUACUGGAGGGAGUGGUGCAUCAUGGGUACACAGACUAGGUAAAGGCAAGACGCAGACAUCCCAGUACGACCCCCAGGGUAGGAACCCCCUGUACUGUGGUGCAGAUGGGAGCUGCCUGUGGGAGCUAUGUAAGCUAGCCAACCACUUCCAUCCAUCAGUAGCUCUGUUUGCCAAAAAAAUCCUUGACGGUGAGGCCAUCCAGUACAGUGGGGACCCUCUCCAAGACUUCACCUUAGCUAGAUUCCUGGACAGAUUUGUCUUCAGAAAUCCCAAACAAAGAAAACAAGACCCUGGUCAGUCAGUGAUGCAGCCAAAGUCCACCAGAUUUGAACCCAGGGGCGUCAAGAGGUUCCCAGUGAACAGUGAGGAGUUUCUCCAGACAGACGAGCAGAAGAUCCCUGUCGACGAAGUCUUCUUCCAUCGGUUCUUCUCCAAGAGAGCACAGUUUGGGCGGAAGGCGACAGACGGUGACGAUGACAGUGACAUUGAGAGUGUCGGAGACGAGGAGUUUGAUAGGAUACUGGACAAAUUUGAAGGAGAUGAAGAUGAUGAAGUCCUUGGUAUGGACUUUGCAAGGAUGAUGAUGAUGAUGGGGACGGUCUGGGAAGAGGAGGAGGAGGAUGGGGAGGAGGAUGGUGAGGAGGCAGGUGUGUUCAUGGACCCAGCUGAGGAGGACAUGUUUGCAGAUGCACCAGGUGGCAGUGAUGAAGAAUUCAGUUAUGAUGACAUGGAUGAGAUGUCAUUCUCUGAAGAAGAAAAUGAUGAUGAAGAUGAGGCAGUUGGACCAGCCAAACAGGGCAAGAAAAAGGCAGCCAACAAGAGGAAGGCAGGAGAUGAUGGUGAUGAUGAUGAUGAGGGUGUGGACUUUGUUGCUGCCAUGGCAACCAAACCCAAGAGGAAGAGAAGGAGAGGGAAGCUACCUGGGGUGGGGAGUGGCAGCAUGUUCGCAGCAGCAGAGGAGUUCUCCUCAUUGUUGGAUGACAACGCUGGCUCCAAGUUUGACAACAUCGGCAUCGGAGCCCUGUCCAACAAAGACAAUGCAGAUGCCAAGCAGCUGAAGUGGGAGGUGGCCCGGGACCAGUGGGUGAGAGGACAGAACUGGAAGGAGAAGAAGAGAAAUCGAGGGAAGGGUCCAGUGGGGAAGGGGAGGGGGAAGAAACAAGGGGGCAAGCAAGGGAAAAGAAGAAGAUAGAUGAUUAACCACUACUUUUGUUGUUUUCUAAAGAAUUUCUUCUAAACAGUUAUGAUUUUGGAAUUCUGUACAAUUUUGUAAGAAAGUAGUUAAGUUUGCAUUUAAACAGUUUUUUAGACUGUACAGAUUGAAGAUUGAAUCAGGAUCAGAAUUAAAACUGAAAUGAACUUGAAAA